AUGACUCAGGCUGCCAUGUACCUAGCCUUAUCAAUGGCUGAGGCUGCAGAGAUUGAGCAUGGUAGCAACAUGUCCCUACAUGAUGAUAUAUCACCAUCAGUACUGAUUUCAUCAGGAUUAGAACUUGAAGAUCAACAGCACCAUCUUGACUUUGAUGCCAAGAUGAUUGGACAACAUGCUAUAGAUGUCCAGAAGGGCAAGAUUUUACAACACAUGAAUGCUCUUCACCAACACAUUGACACUUGGGCCUGGGUGCAGCUGUUGUAUAUGCCUAGUGUCUCCCGCCUGUGGUCACAAGAUGAUAUCACCACAGAAACCAAGGUUUACAGCAUCAGCCUUUUCCUGCCAUCCUCUCUACCUCAGCAAGUGCUAUGUGACAAUCGCUUGCUUAAAUACAAGUGGGAUUUGCAUAAAGCUCAGGCAUAUGACACCCUCAAUGACCUCUGCACUGUGCUUAACCUGCAAUGCCACCUCUACAAGUACAAGGAUGCAUUUAUUCGAGGACAAGAUGCACUUCUGAAUCUGGCAGCAAGGCUGGGCAAGAACGAUGACUGGGAGAGAAGCCUCAAGCCACUCAACAAGAAAACAGAUGCAGUCCCACUCAAGCAUGAUGAUGGCUGCACAGUAGGUCAGCAAAGUAUAUUAUGGAUCUGGAAGACUUUGGGCUCCAACAGCAACAGCCUAGGGCUACAGGACUCACUAUGUGUUGAAUGGUGUAAGGCAUGA